AAUAAAAUAAACGGGCCCUCACAUUUCUUGGAAUUCUACCCUCUCUGCCUCUGUCUCUCUAUCCUUUCCCCGCAAAAUCGCUCGGACCCGGGAAAUUCUUCCGCUCCUUAAGCCGAUCGAGGGCCUGGAAAAUGCAGAACCAGAGGCUGAAGCAGCAGCAAGCCUUGAUGCAACAAGCUCUUCUUCAGCAACAAUCUCUUUAUCAUCCUGGCCUCUUGGCUGCUCCUCAGGCCCAAGGCCUUCAGAGGACGACAUCAUUUAUGAAUCCCCAGUUGUCUGGAUUGACUCAGAAUGGUCAAUCGGCUAUGAUCCAGAACACUUUAGCUCAGCAGCAGUGGGCCCAGAGCCUCCAGAGGACAACAUCAUUUAUGAAUCCCCAGUUAUCUGGAUUGACUCCAAAUGGUCAAUCUGCUAUGAUGCAGAACACGUUAGCUCAGCAGCAGUGGGUAAAACAGAUUCCAACACUAUCUUCACCGAAUUCCCCUUCAUUCCGUAUCCAGCACCCAAGGCAAUCCCUUAUUCAACAACCAAUGCCUUCAAAUCAGCAGUUGCAUCAAAAUUCUAUGGCUUUGAGCCCCCAACAGUUAUCCCAAAUUGUACAGCAGCCAGCAGCACAGCAACUUCAGCAUCCACAUGAACAAAAGCAACAGCCGUCUGGACAGCAGGUUUUGCAUCAACAGAAGCCGCAGCCGUCUGGACAGCAGCUUUUGCAUCAACAACAGCAACAGUCUCAGCAGCAAUCUUCGCCGCAUAUGGCGGCUCCCACAUGCCAAAAAUCUAUGAGUUUGACUGGAUCACAACCAGAUGCUACUGCAUCAGGAGCCACUACUCCUGGGGGGAGCUCAAGCCAGGGAACUGAAGCAAGCAAUCAACUUCUUGGAAAGAGAAAAAUUCAGGAUUUAGUUUCGCAGGUGGAUUCUUUGGGGAAGCUUGACCCUGAUGUUGAAGAUCUUCUUUUAGAGAUUGCUGAUGACUUUAUUGAUUCAGUAACUACAUUUGCUUGCAAUUUGGCGAAGCAUAGAAAAUCAUCAACCCUUGAAUCAAAGGAUGUGUUAUUGCAUCUUGAAAAAAAUUGGCAUUUGACAAUUCCGGGUUUCUCAAGUGAGGACAGGAAACAGAAACUGGAACAUCCAUCUAGUGACAUCCACAAGAAGCGCUUGGAUGUGAUACGUUCGUUGAUGGAAGCUACGCAUGCUGAAACAAACACAAGUGCAAAUAAUAAUAAUAAUAGUAAUCAUAGAGAGAUGAUGGUUAGGCAAGGAAUGGGUGAUCAUAUUAUUGGUCAGCAGCAGAACCACUUGAUAGGAAGAAAUCCAAGCUCAGAGCAGCUGGUUUCACAAUCUAAUGCUCCAAAAAUGUUGCAACAGAUGACAAGGUUCUAAUGCUCCUCUUUUAUUGGUCACUCUGCCUAUUGAGCAAGUUGUAGAUUGCAUUGAUGAAGUCAUCCAGCUUACCUAAGGGAUAGCUAGUUGGAACGCUCUGAAGCUAUGCAAGUCCUUCUUGUGCCAUCAACUAAGUAUACCUCACAGUUUCUGCAGGCUAACAUAUCUUCACCGAAAUGUAAAAUAUUUAUUAGUUUUUUAAAGUUUCUCUUCAAUGUUGUGUUGUGUUGUGUUGUGUUGUGUUGUGUAUAGACCGCAUUUUAACAGCCGAAGUUUGUGAAAUUAGUUCAAUCAAUUGUUUAGCAGCCAAAGCUAUAGGGGCUGUUUUUUGUGAUAUGCAUUUUCUUGGUAGUAGGGGUUGUAAUUGAGUAAUUGACUCAUAUCGUUCCUAAGCAUGAUUUUAUACUUCAGAAUGAACUGCGAGUUGAUUUGGCGUCCGUUAA